AUGAAAAUUUCAGCUAAAUAUGCACAAGAAACUAUCGCUGCAAAGAAAGGGCAAGCAAAGCUGAGGCUAUGCUGGAAGAAGCAUUCAGCCGCUACAGAGACUGGAGCAGCUACUUCUAAAGGAGAAGACGAAGACGUUAAAGCUAAUGCGAACAGUGUACUUAUGAAAACAGAACAUGGAGAUACUGGAGAAGAAGCAGAAGAGGAUAAUUAUGAUGAGAAGUAUGGGGAUUCUAGUGAUGAUAAUGAAGAUGAAGGUAACAAUGAAGAAGAAGAAAACGAAGAAGAACGAGAGAACGACUAUGAUGAGGAAUACGACGUUCACAACUGGAAGGUUGUCUCCGGUGAAUCGCCAGCAAGUCUCUAG